AUGACUUCUAUUAUGUUUGAUAAUACAAUUUCUUCAACAACAUCUUUCGAUUCACUUGUAUCAUUUCAAGAACAAUUCUCUCUAGUUUUGUAUUUUGGAUUUAUUAUUGCUUUUAUAUUAGCUUUUGCUAUAGGAGCAAAUGAUACAGCUAACUCUUUUGGUACAUCUGUUGGAUCGAAAGCAUUAACACUCAUUCAAGCAUAUAUACUUGCAUCAAUCUUUGAAACAUUAGGAGCAGCAUUACUUGGUUACCAAGUAACUGAUACAAUGCGUAAAGGUGUUGUUGAUGUAAAUGUUUAUGAUGGAUCUCCAGGUGAAUUAAUGUUAGGUCAAAUUGGUGUUUUAGCCGGUUGUGGUGCUUGGCUUCUAAUUGCUACUUGGUUAAAAGCUCCUGUAUCAACUACACACUCAAUUGUUGGAGCUACCAUUGGAUUUUCCUUAGUUCUUCGAGGAACUUUAGGCAUUAAUUGGUAUCAAAUUGGAAAAAUUGUUGCUUCAUGGUUUGUAUCUCCAAUUUUGUCAGGUUUUGUUUCUCUAGCAGUUUUAAGCAUCCUUCAGUUAAUUUUACAAUUUUGGACAAAAGAAUAUAUUGGAGCAAUUAAAAUUCUUCCAAUUCUUCUUGUUAUUACAGUUGCUGUUAAUUGUUUUGCAAUCCUUUAUGAAGGUCCAACACUUUUUAAUAUUAAUACUUUAACAUCAUAUGAAAUUUGUGGAAUUUCUUUGAUUAUUGGUAUUAUAUGUGGAAUUGCAACAUUAUUAUUUGUUAAAUAUUACCUGAAUAAGCAAAUAAAAUCUAUAUUAAAUGGAGAUGUUCCAAAAUUAGAUGAAGAAAAAGAAAAAAAAGAUUCAGAAUAUUUUUCUUGCCCACUUAAUGAUGAAUUUGAAAAGGCUGCUCAAUUAAUUAAUAAAAAUUCUAAUAGUACUAAAGCACUUCUUGCUGAUGAAAAAACAUCUAAAGAUGAAGUUUCAUUAAGUGAUAUAAUAAAAGUUGAUAGAAGUAAUGAAAAAAAUGAACAAAUAAUAUUAUUUGAAACAGGAUACUCACAGGAGGAACUUGAAUUAAUGUGUAUGAAUAAAGUUUUUGGAUAUCUUCAAAUACUUACUGCAUGUUUUGGUGGCUUUGCACAUGGUGGUAAUGAUGUCUCAAAUUCUAUUGCACCAAUUGUAUCAAUCUUUUCUAUUUGGAAUGAAGGUGAUGUCAAACAAACUGGUGGAACUCCAUUUUCUUUAUUACUUUUUGGAGCAAUGGGGAUGUGUAUUGGUUUAUGGCUUUUAGGUCAUCGUGUUAUAUAUACAGUUGGUAAAAACUUAACUGAAAUAACACCUUUAAAAGGAUUUUCUAUUGAAUUUGGUUCUGCAGCUACUGUUUUGUUUGCUUCAAAAUUAGGUUUACCAAUAAGUUCAACACAAUGUAAAAUUGGUUCUAUAAUGUUUGUAGGAAUUUUUGAUAAAACAGCUACUUUUGAAUGGCAUACAUUUAAAGGUAUUGCUGCAUCAUGGUUAAUAACUUUACCGGCAACAGCUGGUUGUAGUGCCAUUAUUACUUGGAUUCUUAAAUUUUUAAUUUUAUAA